UAACUAAGUAAUUCGAUUUCACGAUUGCUUGUUUUACGUGUUGUCAUAUAAAACAAACCAAUCGUGUAAAUUUUGAUGUUUUUUAAUAGGUAGCGAUAUUCUACCUUAUAAGUACAACAUUUUAUCGGUAACUUAACUAUGGAUGAUUUUCUGCAACUAGUAACUUCAGAUUUUGAACGUAUAGCAUCUAAUACUGGGUUUCGAUUCAAUCAAUAUAAUGGAUCGAUUGAUGAGGAAUAUUUAGAAGAAUUUGUUAUUAAUGAUAUAGUUGAUAACACUGAUGUAAAGAGUUUGUCAAAGCUUGUAGCCAGUGUUCUUAGUUACAAUAUUGAAAAAAUGAGUGUGUCUAAAAAAAUUUUUCGUCUUUCACAAUUGAUAAUAGACUUUUUGUUACAUUACAAAAACCAUUCGACUUUUAAGUUCAAUAAAAAUGUAGAUUCAAUGGUACUUUGUGAGUUCUGUGGAGAAAUAUUCUUGGAUAUUUCAUAUUUGAAGUAUCAUUGUUUUCUUCGGCAUAAACUUCACUCAUGCACUUUUACAAAAUCACCAGACAAUGAAUAUGUUGAUAGUUUAAAAUCGGAAAUUCUUCAACUUCAAACUCAAUUGAAAGAUAUUACAUUAACUCUUGAGAGUAAAUUAAAAAAUACUCAAAUGCACAUUGAUAAACAUGACCUAAAUAACUGUAAUUCUGUUCAUAAAAAUAAAUUAUCAUACCAUUUAAUACUUCAACCAGGCGAUAACCCUAUGCAGAUACAAGAAACGUAUUGGAAACAAAAAUAUGAAACCUUAAAAGAAAAUUAUAAUACUCUUAAAAAUGAAUAUGAAAAAAUUCAAAGUUCUGCUAAAUCUAAAACUAUUUUAGAUCAUAAAUAUCAACAGUGUGAUUUUUAUAAAUCUGAAAAAUCCUCAAAAUGUAUACAGACAAAUAUUUUAAUUGAAAAAUCAACACCUGUAUGUUCUCCAAAACAACCACUUCGUAGAAUUGAUAUAAUACCUGUGGAUGAAUAUAAAAGAAUCUGUAGUAUGGAUAUUUCAGACAUAGAUCAAACUAAUAUAGAUGGUUAUCAAUGUAAUGAUAAUUUAAGCUCAGACAAAGAUUUUUAUGAAUUAAAGAAAUUAAGACUGGAAGCUCGUAUGAAUAUUGAUGAUAACAAUGUUUGUGAAAAUUUGUCAGAACCUUUGUUGUCUUCCGACUUAGGGAACAGUAUAAAAUUUGUGUUGAUACUUGGUCAAACUCGAGUAAAUGAAUUAUAUAAAAAUGCCUCAUUAAUGGAUUUAAUAAAAUUUGAAAUUAAAGAUUUAGUCAACAAAAGGUUGGAAGAUCAUUAUAGUUUUGUGGAUAGGAUGGAUGAAAGUGUAAAACAGGAUACUUGUUUACAUGAAAAGAUUGAAAAUCAAAUGUGUUCUGAAGUUUCUAUUUGUGAAGACAAUAAAAAUGAACCACAUAGUUCUUCUGAAGUUGAUUCUAUUAAAACUUCAGUUCAAAAAAAUAAAACAGUUAUGUCAAAAUUAAAAAAGAAAGCAAAGCACCUUAGCAAUAUAUUUUCUCCAAGUACAAAAACUAAAAUAAUAGAAGUACAUCCAUCUACUACACAAAACCCUGAAAUUUCACAAUCAAAUGAACAAUGUAAUAAUGAUAAUGGUAACGCAUGACUUCCAUAAUGAUAUGUAAGCAUUAUUAUCAUAAUUAUAAAAAAAAAUACAAUCAUGAAUCAAUAGAUGAUUUUAAAGAAAGUUAAUUAUAUUAUGUAUUUAUAUAUAUUUUUUUUUGAACAUAAAGUUAUAUUUUUUGUUACAUAAAGUACUUGUUGCGCAACUUUUUAUAAAAUUUUUAAUUUAUUCAAUUAAU